AUGUCGCGAUACCUUCGUCCCGCCGCGAGGCUAGCCGCCUCUGCCCGCAUCGCGACGGUUGCUCCCCGGACCCUGCCCCGAUUCACCUCGCCUGCCUCCUAUGCCAUUUCGCAACGGAGGUCAUUUGCCGAUGUCAAGGGAACCAAGGAUUACACCGUCCGUGAGGCCCUCAACGAAGCCAUGGCCGAGGAGUUGGAACAGAACGAGAAGGUCUUCAUCCUGGGAGAGGAAGUCGCUCAAUACAACGGUGCCUACAAGGUCACCAAGGGCUUGUUAGAUCGCUUCGGCGACAAGAGAGUCAUCGACACACCCAUCACCGAAAGUGGUUUCUGUGGUCUGGCCGUCGGUGCCGCGCUGAGCGGCCUGGCUCCCAUCUGUGAGUUCAUGACCUUCAACUUCGCUAUGCAGGCCAUCGACCAGAUCGUCAACAGUGCCGCCAAGACCCUCUACAUGUCUGGUGGCAUUCAGCCCUGCAACAUCACCUUCCGUGGCCCCAACGGCUUCGCUGCCGGUGUCGGUGCUCAACACUCGCAAGAUUACAGUGCCUGGUACGGUUCGAUCCCCGGUCUGAAGGUCGUUUCCCCCUGGUCCGCCGAAGAUGCCAAGGGUCUACUCAAGGCUGCCAUCCGUGAUCCCAACCCCGUCGUCUUCCUCGAGAACGAGUUGAUGUACGGUGUCUCUUUCCCCAUGUCCGAGGCCGCUCAGAAGGACGACUUCGUCAUUCCUUUCGGCAAGGCCAAGAUUGAGCGCCAAGGCAAGGAUCUAACCCUGGUUUCGCUAUCCCGCACUGUCGGUCAGUGCAUGGUUGCUGCUGAGGCUCUCAAGAAGAAGUAUGGUGUUGAGGCCGAGGUCAUUAACCUGCGAUCCGUUAAGCCCCUCGAUGUUGAAUCGAUCAUCAAGUCCGUCAAGAAGACCGGCCGCCUAAUCUCAGUCGAGUCCGGUUUCCCGUUUGCCGGCAUGGGCGCGGAGAUUCUCGCUACAACGAUGGAGUACGGUUUUGACUACCUCGAUGCCCCCGCUCAGCGUAUCACAGGUGCUGAAGUGCCUACUCCCUAUGCCCAGGGUCUUGAGCAACUGAGCUUCCCUACCGAGCAGAUUAUCGAAGAUUACGCCGCCAAGCUGCUGCGUGUAUAA